ACUUACAUCGACCUAGUUUGUUAUUAUUUUUCUAUCGAUUGAAAAUCCUGUUAAACAAUUACCUUACCGUCACUAUCCAGAAAAAAUAUGUUUACGAUAAUUUCCAGGGGAUUCUUAUAAGCUAAAUGUCUCAUAAAGCCUUGAAGUAGCCAAGAAAAACAACAAUUUCAAGAAAAUGCAUACUGGAAGACAUGACAGUGAAGUUAUAUCAACCACCUCAAGCAAUUCCAAAAGUUCUGAGAAAAGGAAGAAUAGAUUCUCAUUGCGGAGAAUAUUUUAUGCUGGAAGAUCUGGGGCACGAACAAAAUCUCGCCUAAGCCUUAAUUCUAGCUCAUCUGCCUUCUCAGACUAUGGGUUUUUACCCCAGGAUGGCUUAGAAAUAGGAAGACGGGUGCUAGGAGCAGUUGGGGGCAGCUCAAACUCCACUUCCUCUCAGAGUCAGAGCACCUCUCCUCCCCCUGGACCAUUGACAGUUGUAAGCUAUGUCCCGCCCGACACUGUGAAGUUGAAAACAGAAGGGGGCAUGAGAGAGUGCCCUUUGUGUCUGAUUGAGCAUUCUGUAGAAAGUUUUCCAGAAGUCUCCACAUGUUAUCACAGGUCUUGUUUGACCUGUUUGCAAAUGUACUUACGGAUAGAAAUUACAGAAAGCAGAGUGAAUAUAGCCUGUCCAGAAUGUGCGGAAAAGUUUCACCCAAAUGAUAUAAAGGACAUUCUUCAAGACAAUGCCUUGAUGGCGAAGUAUGAAGAUUUUAUGGUUCGUAGAGUACUUGUGUCGGAUCCUGAUGCAAGGUGGUGUCCCGCGCCAGAUUGUGGAUACGCAGUGAUAGCAACUGAAUGCGCUUGCUGCCCAAAAAUCAAGUGUGAGCGUCCAGGAUGUAACACAGACUUCUGCUAUCACUGUAAGCAGAUCUGGCACCCAAACAAGACGUGCGAUUCUGCCCGUGAAGAGAGAAGAAGCCUCAGAAUUCACCGCUUACUCGAUAUUCCAAGGAAUGGCUCAUUGUAUAGCCAUGAGUCAGAUUCACAAAAAGACUUCAUAAAGCCCUGUCCCCGAUGCUCGGCCUUCAUCAUGAAGAUGAACGAUGGCUCUUGUAACCACAUGACCUGCCCUGUGUGUGGCUCCGAAUUUUGUUGGCUGUGCAUGAAGGAGAUAUCUGAUCUACACUAUCUCAGCCCAUCUGGUUGUACGUUUUGGGGCAAGAAACCAUGGAGUCGCAAGAAGAAGAUUCUCUGGCAGCUUGGCACGCUCGUUGGUGCCCCUGUUGGCAUAACCCUGCUCGCUGGUAUUGCAGUUCCCGCAAUGAUCAUCGGCAUUCCUGUGUUUGUAGGGAAAAAGAUUCAUCGACGUCUAGAAAACUCCACAAAACACCGUCACAACCUUGCUAUAGUGGGUGGGGUAACAGCUUCAAUACUCUUUUCACCAGUGGUUGCAGGGCUCGCAGUAGGUAUAGGUGUGCCAAUACUGUUGGGCUAUGUGUACGGGGUGGUUCCGAUAUCGUUGUGUCGCAGUGGUGGCUGCGGGGUUAGGAAGACCAACAGUGGUGUCAGAUUCGAGUUUGAAGAAAACGAGACAGGAAUCCCUUCACCAAUGUACUCUGGUGCUGUGGACAGUCAGAGUGUGGGCACAGGACACCAGAUUCCCAACCCCAGUAUAGCUCCCAGUAUCGGCGAGGCGAGUGUAGGAAUGAAUGUGAGUCUUUACGGAGGGAGCGGCACACAUCUUGAUCGCGCUGGUACAGGCCGAGGUGAUGAGAGUGACAGGGACUCCGCCUCGCAUCGUGCGAUUGCCGGGGCCAGUCUUAAUGGGUCAAUGUGUGGUAGCACAUAUGCAACUGUCAUUGGAAUGCAGACUAAACUCGAGGUACAAGCAGAACUAGAGUCUGAAUUACCAACUGGGAAACGGGCCAGUUUCUCUAGCGCAUCUGCAAACUUUAGCAUUGGGGACAAAUCUCUCGGUGAGAAGUCAAAUAUCGGAGAUGAUGCAAGCACUCGCGCUCUGGCUGGUUCGAUUGUCAACUAUAAGUUGGAUGCUGGCUCCCUUACAACAUCUGAUGUUCAUGUAGAUGUUGGGCGCCUGGCGGGGGAUGUGGGCAGACUGGAAGGCGAAGGUGGUGAACUGGGCUGUGAGGGGGGUCGGGCCACACCCAGGGACCUCGAUAUAUCCAGCCUUACCUCAAGGCUAUCAAACGAGGACAGGAAAAAGACAAGCUCUUGUCCAGGUUCUCCCCACAGUAACUGCGGCAGCGUGUGCGAUCACGAGGAUGGUGCUCGUCACCAGAGUCUACGGUGUCGCCGGUGCAGACGAACGGGAAAACAUGCGGAAAAACACCCCCAGCCUGAACAUAUGAAUGUUCACUUUUCGGAUCAGGUCAGCUUACAGAGUUUUCAGGCGGAAGAUGCAGUACUGGAUCUACCGAUGAGGAAACACGAUAUCGAUUCUCUUUCGGAAAUGUGCAAUGAGGAGGGAAAUGAUUAUGUUGAUAUAUCAAUAGAUAAACUUGAUAGGAAUUGCAUACGUCGGACAUCUGGGCGGAUUAAUUCGGAGCCUGCGGUGAUAUUGACUCAAGUUGAAAACGAUAAGCCAUUAUUUGCUGUCGUGGGGAGAGGGUCAGAUAGAAGGAUUAAAGAUGAGGAUAUAUCGGAGGCAACAAAACAGAAGAGCCUGUUGUCACUGUCUCAACGUUCAGACAGUAGUGGAAGUAGUAAUGAUAUUGUGAUGAGUCUCAAUAGCUCAUUGUCAGCUGUGUCGAUGAAGUAUAGCAAGUAUGAUAAAGUAAGUGAGGAAAACACCCUCUCCAAAUGUCGGAGCGAGGAAAUAUUCAUGAAGAAAAAGAAUAAAGGUAUUGAAAAUACAGUCAAUGAAAAGAGUAAAAGUGAUGAGAUUUUUAAUAAGGAAGAAGUUGGAAUGGUUAGGGGUAACAUGAGAAGGGUGCGUAGGGAAAGCUGUGAACUCGCUAUACAAAACGGUCGUAUAUCGCCUAGCUCAGACCAAGACGGACAUAUUUGAGUGGUGCUUACUUCAUGACUGAAAAAUACAAAUGUGUAUAGUAAACCAUUGAUUGUUAACAAAUAUUGAUUUACUUUUGUUUUUUUUGUAAAUGUUUUGAAGAUUUUAUUGUAAUAUUAAACAUUAUUUUGAUUGUUUUUGUAUUGAUAAAAAAGCUUAAAAAAGGAAAAAUUUUAACACAUGACUGAAGAAUUUUGUUAACAUAGAUAAUCGUAUAUGGUAGAGGUCGAUAUGGGUUUAACUUCAGGAGCAUAUAGUUAAAGUUAAAAAGGGACAAUAUGUAAAUCCUUUGAAGUUUGUUUCCUAAACUUGCAUGUUGUUAAAUCAGUAAGAAAUCGUAUGUACUAAUAGUCAUAAACGUUUAUUAUAGAUUUUUUAUCAUUGAAAUGGGUAGAAUCAUUUGUCUUUUAUAUUGGACAAUAAAUAUUUAAACUUCUCAUUAUGUAAAGCUUGUAUACAUAGUGUUGGUUUUCUAGCACAAUGCCAUGUAGCACGGGAUAUUGGUUACUGUGGAUUUAAUGUAUAAUCUAACUAUUAAAUAUGUUGCACUAAUUUUCACAAUAUGAUUUUUUUAUUUGAACUAAAAUAUGUAUGUAUAUAGCCGCCUUUAGACGAUUACAGGUAAAUAUGGCCUUAUGAGAUAUUUGAUGUGUUAGGUAGUUGUAUACUUUAUGUAGCCUUAUUGGGCGAAAAAGCUGUAAAUUAUGCUUCAGUUAAGUUUCGUUUAACAUCAAUUUAAUUGUAUUUUCUUUAUUCUAUACAUGUUGUUCUAAUGUUGUUGCUUCUCAGUGACUUUGUCGUGCUUUACAAGAUUGAUAGAUUAUUCACAUACCAUCAUGUGUUGAUUAGUAGCUAUAUUUGGUAUGAUGUAGGGUUUUAGCAAGGUUUUAAAAAGGGCAAGGUGCUGCAGAAAAGGGACAGGGUGCUUAGUGUUAAACGGGCACAUUGUAUAGGGCCGUGAAGAACUUAAAUAUUAUAAAUUUGACUACAUAUUUUAAAGAUGUGUUUAAUUGAAGUAGUUUUAGGUUUCAGAUGCCAGAUAUAUAAAGUAAGCAUGUAUUUAAAAUCAAACAUAAAAAAAGAUUUUUAACAAUAUAAACGAAAUAUUAGAUUAUCUACAGCUGUCAAUUCUAAGAAGACAGAAGGGUGCAUAUGCUGGUAACCAUGAGGGCAGACGGGUGCCACCAAAAAAGGACAGGCUGCAGCACCCUCUUUUAACUUUGAAGGUUAACCCUCAUGAUGGUUCUGCCUACAUUUUCAUUUCAAAUUUAAGAGUUCAUGUUUCUUCAAAAAACUCUAAUUGUCAUAUAAAUGCUUAAAUACAUGUAUAUGAAUUUGUAGUGUUUGGACUCUUUCAACAAAAUGUUUGUUGAUUAAUAUAAACAUGUAUCAUAUAACAUUCUCCAGUACUUUGUGUAAAAUGUUUCCAAACAUGUAUCAUAUAACAUUCUCCAGUACUGUGUAAAAAGUUUCCUUGUUAUCAUGUGUCAACAUGACAAUCGUUUUUCAACAUCACGGUUGAUAUUGUGUAUAUUAUGUUAUUGAAUAACAUGCAUUACAGUUGCAUCUGUGAACUUUCUUUAAAAGAAUAAUCGUAUCUUCCUUUUAAUAUUCCACUGUGCUAGUAUUGUUAGGUAAAUGUGUGAUACAGUGUUGUAAUGUGUCAUAUUGUCAAAGUAAUGGUCAGUUUGUUGGAUUAUCAUUGUUGUUAAUAUUCCAUACUCUUGUUUCCAUAUGUAUCCAUGUAUUUCUGGCUUACAUUGCUUUUGUUCCCGUAUUGUGAUAUUUCUUAUUUAAAAUAUUAUAAUUAUACAUAUUACAAUUUAUUUGUUAUGUGCCACAAUAUAUGAUGUGCAUCAAGCAGAAAUAUGUCUUAUUGUAGAAAUGAUGCACCUGUAUCAGUGAAAAAUGAUUUCCAAAUUCCGAAUUUCAGAAAUACAAAUUGCUGUGCUCAUUGUAUAAUUUAAAGUCCAUAGUGUUUUACUCUUAAACAUAAACAAUGCAGAUUUGUUUGAUGCAGAAAAAGGGAAAUGUCAAAUUCACUAUAUGACUUUUUUUUAUGCUAGGCAAUUAAAUACAUGUAUGCAAAAUGUUAUGACUAAGAAUUCCCAUCUGAUGUAGGCUUUUAUUUACAUAUUGUUGAUGUACAUGUGAAUGAUUUCUCAAGAUAGAUUCAAUUUUAAUAUCUUACUAAUCAACUUUCUUUUGCUAAUUUGGACUGUAAUUAUGUAUAGAGAUGAUAUACAAACACUCAAGAAAUGGAGACUUUGGUAUAAAAAUCGUUUUUAAAUUUUGACAAAAUAUAUAAAAGAUUUUGGUGGAAUAUAGAGUAUAUUGAUUACUGCCCUCUGACUGAAACUUGUCAAAUAAAUGCAAAUCCGAAGUGAAAUUGAUGAACAAAAAUAAUAUCUUUAUGAAAAUUUAAUUAAUACUAAAUGUUAGAAAUAUAUGUUGUGGCUGUUGAUUUGAUGGUGCAAUGCUGGAAUCUGUUCUUGACGUUUGUUAUGUCGAAAUUGUUUUAUAUUAAAUGCAGUGCUUUGCAA